AUGUCCAACUGUUACUAUAACAAGUCCAUGAAGUUUUUCUAUGAUCUCAACCAGAAUGAUUCUCUGGAGGACAACUCGGACAAUUAUGUUGGAUUAGGAAUCGGCUGCAUUUGCAUCCUGCUCAUUUUCCUGUUCAAUGUGAUCAUCAUGUUUGUGAUUCUGCUCAACAAGCAGUUCCACUUCCCCUUCUACUACCUGCUCGCCAACCUGGCGGCGGCUGACGUUUUCGCCAGCUUGGCGUACGCCUUCCUCUUGCUGAACACCGGGAAGCUGGGCCGGAUGUUGUCGGUGCAGGUAUACUUCUUACGGCAGGCGCUGCUGGACGUCAGUAUGAGUGCGUCCGUCUAUAACCUGCUGGUCAUAGCCAUCGAGCGCUACUACUCGGUCAUAAAGAUGCAACUGCACAGCACGCUGUCCAAGCGCCGCGUCUUCUGUCUCAUCCUGGGCAUCUGGGCCGUGGCUGUCAUCAUGACCACCAUUCCCAACAUGGGCUGGAACUGCAUCUGCAACAUCAGAACCUGUUCUGCGCUGGCGCCCAUCUAUAGCCGCAGCUUCCUAAUCUUCUGGUCUCUGCUUAAUCUCCUCACGCUCUGCAUCAUCACAGUGAUAUAUUUGCGCAUCUACAUUUACGUAAGGAAGAAAACCUCGAAGAUAUCGUCCCACACAACCGGUUCCAUCAAACGCAAGAAAAUGCCGAUGCAGUUGGUGAAGACCAUCAUAACCGUGCUUGGUACAUUCAUCGUCUGCUGGACACCUGGAUUGGUCCUGGUCCUCCUCGAUGGCCUCCACUGCACCAGCUGCAACCUGGAGAGCUUAAAGAAAUGGUUCCUUAUCCUGGCCCUGCUGAACUCUCUGGUCAACCCCCUCAUUUACUCGUACAAGGAUCGGGAGAUCUGGAAAAGUAUAAAGCGGCUGCUCUGUGAGAGAACACCUGAGCAAGUGCAGCCCACGCGGUUGAUAGAGCGACUUGCUGAUGACGAUGGAUGA